AAGCAGCUCAGCAUAUCCGUCCCAUUCGUUACCAAAAUGUCCGUCUUUCAAACGAGAUAAAAUCGCCCAAAAUACAUGUAUAUAUUUCAAAUUUUAUCAUCGUCGUCUAACGUCUAACGGAGUAGUGAACCGACUUUACCGGGGGGGAAGGUUGACGGUGUAACACCACACCUGAGAAGAAGACGCCGCUCGCAUCUCUCAUCACAGUGGAUUUCUUUUAGCUCCAUUCUUCGUCAACUAAUUUCUAUUUUAAACCACGUAAAUGAGUCGCAGAGGAGACAGUGAUGAUGACAGCUGCGGUAAACGGAAGGUCGCUUAUGUUUACAGCCCGGAAUACAUCGAGACUUGCGACAGUUUAUCCAAAGUGCCAAACCGGGCGAGUAUGGUCCACUCACUGAUAGAAGCCUAUGGACUCCUUAAACACAUGAGCACCGUUAAACCUCAAGUGGCCACCAUAGAGGACAUGGCCAAGUUCCACACAGACUCUUACCUGGAGCAUCUUCACAAGAUCAGCCAGGAUGGAGACAACGAUGACCCCCAGUCAGUCGACUAUGGCCUGGGUUAUGACUGUCCAGUGGUGGAGGGGAUAUAUGACUAUGCAGCAGCAGUAGGGGGCGCUACACUGACAGCAGCCCAGUGUCUGCUGGACCAAAAGUGUGACGUGGCCAUCAACUGGGCAGGAGGGUGGCACCAUGCCAAGAAGGAUGAGGCAUCAGGUUUCUGUUAUGUGAACGAUGCUGUGUUGGGAAUCCUCAAGCUGAGGGAGAAGUACGAGAGGGUCCUCUAUGUGGACGUUGACCUGCAUCACGGAGAUGGUGUGGAAGAUGCCUUCAGCUUCACAUCCAAAGUCAUGACCGUCUCCCUGCACAAGUUCUCUCCUGGAUUCUUUCCAGGUACGGGUGACCUGUGUGACACGGGGCGGGGUAAAGGCCGUUGGUACGCAGUGAACGUCCCGCUGGAGGACGGCAUCAAGGAUGACAGAUACUACCAGAUUUUUACCAGAGUAAUGCAGGAAGUGCGUGCACAGUUUAACCCGGAGGCGUUGGUCAUGCAGCUAGGUGCCGACACCAUGGCGGGCGACCCCAUGUGCUCCUUUAACAUGACCCCAGUGGGGGUGGGCAAGUGUCUGCAGCAUGUCUUGGAGUGGCAGCUACCUACACUGCUGCUGGGAGGAGGAGGUUAUAACCUGGCUAAUACGGCUCGUUGUUGGACCUACCUGACGGCAGCGGUGCUGGGAAAGACUCUCUCCUCUGAGAUACCAGACCACGAGUUUUUUACAGAGUAUGGACCGGACUACUCGCUGGAGAUAAGCCCAAGCUGUCGACCAGACCGCAACGACGCCAAACACCUGGACCAGGUCAUCAGCACCAUCAAAGGGAAUUUAAAGAAUGUGGUUUAGGAGUCGGCAGCCUCAGCCUCCUCCACACACACACACACACACACACACACACACACACACACACACACACACACACACCAUGUUUCCAAACCAGGUCGAUGCUCUGCGGCUUUAAUGAAGACAAUAUGGAGCGGACCCCUUCGGCCCCGAGGCACGGAGCGAUCGAGGGAGGGAUGAAGGCAGGAGAAGGAGCGAGAGAGGGUUUUGGAAAACAUUAGCUGAGUGUUUCCAGGGGGAAACGGUUAAAUAAGGGGAGGGGGGGUGAUGUGGUUGCUGUACAGUGUUCACUGUUCGUCCAUUUUUUUGAUUAUUUUUUUUUUGGAAGAGGUAUGUGUGUUUGUGUGAAUGAGAAAGUUUGUGGUGAGUUCACUGUGGGUAUGUAAAACAGAAUUACAACAGUUUUUUUUUUUUUUUUUUUACAGUCAGUGCACCCAGUUUUUUUUAGUAUCUGUGGAUGCGUGUGUGCAUCCCAUCAGGCCGAUAUUUCAAACUGAACGGAAAAACAGAUUUUCUCAGGUGUCCGGUUUCAAGUUCACCCCGGUGCUGCUGUGAUUUCAGCCCCCUGAGGACAGAUAAGCACUAAAACAGACUAAAAAAGCGAAACAGUGAGGUUCCCCAAACGCUUUGUUAUACGUCUACAGCAGGUCAAGAAAGUAUUAAUGUUCUGUGUUAUUCUCAGCUGUAGCAUCACAUGUCCUCACUAACAGUUAAUCACUCAAAACGCUGACCAAAAUCUCGGGAAUCUGCGGUGAAAAGUGGAACUCUGAAAAUGAAAACAUUGUCAGAAACCACUCUGCAAUAUAAACAGCUAAAAAAAAAAAAAAAAAA